AUGGAGUACCUACCUACCCUGAAUGAAGCAUGCAGGGAGCUCCGUGAGGAGGAUUUGCCUUCUCUUCCAAAGCCUCCUCCAAAGCCUGCUCCUCCUGUUCCAGUUGAUAAGAGCACCGACUACCCCAACUUCUACCAGAGUAAGUGGGACUGCACAGGAGACAUAUCGGAUGAGUUGUCCUUCAGGCGUGGUGAUGCCAUUUAUAUCCUGAGUAAGGAAUAUCAGAACUUUGGUUGGUGGGUCGGGGAGCUUCAAGGCAGUGUUGGCAUCGUCCCCAAGGACUUCCUCAUGCAGCUUUAUGAAGUUUAACACGUGGAGGACGGCCUGAAGAAAGGAAUUGCAAAUCCUUUGGAGAAAUGUACUGAAAUUGCUCAUUACCUUGUUUCUUUUGCAGUUGGUGAGGCUGAAUCAAGUGAAAAUAUUUUUCUUAUUUUAUCACAUUUCAUUUUGCACUGUUUUGACCGCACAUUCCCUUUUCUGAUCCAUGCAAACUGUGACUUGUAACUCGUAAACAUAUGUACAAUAUGCUUUGUGGCUUUUGUAUUAAAGAAAAGCAAUUCAAUAAAGAUGUAAGGAAGGCUCAUGCACAUUUCUUAAAUCGAAUGCAAGGUCGGCAACCAGAUAGCAGAGGGCUG